AUGAAUUCUCAAGGAAUCACUCGCAAGCGGCCUGCUCCAGGUACCACCCCUGCGGUGCAUCCCCAGCUGGGUACUGUUCCGAACUUCCAGAAUCCCAAUCCCAAUCCCAAUCCCAAUUCGCAACUUUCCAACGACCAGUUCCUACAAUGGGGCCAAAACCCUCCCGCGAACAUCGUUAACUCCUCCUUUGUUGACCCAUCCGCCUACAACACCGCCGCAUAUGCAUCAACCCAAGACCUGACUGCCCCCGCGGCCUCUACCUCCAAUCAGUUGACCCGCCGACAGCCGCCAAACCAAUUGGUUAGCCGGAAUCGUGGCUACGAGCAAGCACCUGCGGCCUACUCAGAGAAUGCUGCUGGUGCAGGCACCGGAGAGGGCGCCUGGGGAGAAUCAAUUGAGGAACUCUACAAUCGGGCUCGGAUUGCCAAAAGAGACGCACAAGCGAAGAGGAAGCAGAUUCCUCCCUUCGUGCAAAAGCUGAGCAGUUUCCUUGAUGAAUCCAAAAACACGGAAUUGAUCCGAUGGUCCGAUGAUGGCAAUUCAUUCAUUGUUUUGGAUGAAGAUGAGUUUGCGCGGCGUUUGAUCCCAGAACUCUUCAAGCACAACAACUACGCGUCUUUCGUCCGACAGCUGAACAUGUACGGGUUCCACAAGAAAGUGGGAUUGUCUGACAACUCUAUGCGCGCCAGUGAGCGCAAGAACAAGAGUCCAUCUGAAUACUCCAACCCUUACUUCAAACGAGGCCACCCAGAGUUGCUUUGGUUGAUCUCGAAACCGAAGAAUGCAACCGGCCAUGCGAGCAAGGGAAGCAAGGGUGGCGCACGUGUCAAGACGGAAGAUGCGGACGACAAUGAGUUUGAUGACUAUCCAGAAGAUGGCGCUCCUGGUUCUCGCGAAGACCGUGCACGCCCGCGUCCGCUGUCCCUUCUGACUGAUUCAGAAAUGCCCAAGGAGCAGCUUGACGGAGUUGUUCAACAGUUGAAGGCCAUUCGUCACCAGCAAUCGGUCAUUUCAAGUCACAUUGCCAGUUUGCGCCGCGAGCAUGAACAGCUCUCGGCGCAGGCCGCCACCUUCCAAGACCAACACACCCGACAUGAGAACUCGAUCAACGCCAUUCUCACUUUCCUGGCAACAGUGUACAACCGCAGCUUGCAAGGUCAGGAUGGAUCUCAGAAUCUUGCGAACACCUUUGCCGGAGCCAUCUCGGGUGACCACCAAGGCGGUAUCGUUGAUAUGGGCGAUGACUUCUCCUUCAGCCCACUCGCCUCGUUGACCAGCCCAACUGGUCAACGGACAAUGAAGAAGCAGCCAUUGCUCCUCAAGGCCCCGCCCUCUGUGAACGACGCCAACCGGACUACCACUCUUUCGCCUGCUGCUAGCGGGGCUUAUGAUACUCGAUCCCGCAGUCAAACCCGCCAGCCAAGUGCUACGCAGCAAGGACAUGUGGAAGAGGUGCUUGAUAGCAGCCCCAGACAAGGCCCUACCAAUGUUUCUGCAGGACAGUUGCCGGACGACAAAUCCCCACAGAAGGAUAUCAUGUCUGUGAUCCAGAGUUCCAAUGCGCGCAACGCUAACCAAAACGCCUUUUCUCAAUUCCCCGAUGUACUUUCUUCGCUUGAGCGAGGGGGUACCGGUCCGCUGACUCCUGGCGUUCGUGCCGACAUGCUUCGACUGAUGGCUAAUGACACCGGCCACCACACUGGUUCGGCCGGGGCGAACAAUGCUCUUAUCAUGCCAAAUCCCCCGCCCAUGCCACAAGACUACUCGAAUCGCCUUUCCAAUACUCGACAGGAGAUCGACAGCCUGGUCAAAUUGCAAGCUGAGCAGGACCGUUCCGUUCAGAACCUGACAAACCUCCUCCAACCUUUGAGUCCCUCCGGUACUAUCCCGGGGUUGGAUAACGACUCGAAUGCCCCGCCUACGAUUGAUCUUGAUCAGAUUUUCAAUAACGAUUACUUCACUGAGAUCCCGGAUCAGAAGCACGAUCAUUCUGGCAUUGAUUUCGGAACCGGUUCCCAUGCACAUGAUGCCAUUGCCUCCACUGAACCGGAUGCUGGCGACACCAGCGCCCUCCUUGACUUUGGCGACAUCCCGGGAGAUGAUGAUCUCUUCAACAGCAAUCAGGGAGCGACCCACGCUUCGUACAACUAUGGCUUCGAUGGCACUGGUUACGGAGCGGAUGCGGGAUCUGGACAUCUUGACUCUGGCCGGGUUGUCGAGCAACUGACCGACAGCGAGGCUACCAGCCCUGCAGCCCCUGAGGAUCCUUCUGUCGAAACCGAAGAUGGUGGCAGUGCUGUCAAGCGCCGCCGAAAGGCAUGA